UCCGGUGGAGCCGCCGCCGAGCAGCUAUCGCAGAGCGCAGCUGGGCUGGGAGCACAGCGCUGAGCGAGCUAGACACGCCGCAGCCUCGCACCCGCAGCCCCGUGCUCACCGCCGCCCGUCCCCAGAGAACCAUGGCGUCUGGCAGCACUGCCGCCAGUGAGGAGGAGCGCAGCCUCCGGGAAUGUGAGCUCUAUGUCCAGAAGCAUAACAUUCAGGCACUGCUCAAGGAUUCUAUCGUGCAGUUGUGCACUGCUCGGCCUGAGAGACCCAUGGCAUUCCUCAGGGAAUACUUUGAGAGGUUGGAGAAGGAGGAGGCGAAACAGAUUCAGAAUCUGCAGAAAGCAGGCACCCGUACAGACUCGAGGGAAGAUGAAAUCUCUCCUCCUCCACCUAACCCAGUGGUUAAGGGUCGGAGGCGACGAGGUGCUAUCAGUGCCGAAGUCUACACAGAGGAAGAUGCUGCAUCAUAUGUUAGAAAGGUUAUACCAAAAGAUUAUAAGACAAUGGCUGCUUUAGCCAAAGCCAUUGAAAAGAAUGUGCUGUUUUCACAUCUUGAUGAUAAUGAGAGAAGUGAUAUUUUUGAUGCUAUGUUCCCAGUUUCCUUUAUCGCUGGAGAGACCGUUAUUCAGCAAGGUGAUGAAGGGGAUAACUUCUAUGUAAUUGAUCAAGGAGAGAUGGAUGUCUAUGUCAAUAGUGAAUGGGCAACCAGUGUUGGGGAAGGAGGGAGCUUUGGAGAACUUGCUUUGAUUUAUGGAACACCUAGAGCAGCCACUGUCAAAGCAAAGACGAAUGUGAAAUUGUGGGGCAUCGACCGAGACAGCUAUAGAAGAAUCCUUAUGGGAAGCACACUGAGAAAACGGAAGAUGUAUGAGGAGUUCCUUAGUAAAGUGUCUAUUUUAGAGUCUCUGGACAAGUGGGAACGUCUCACGGUAGCUGAUGCAUUGGAGCCAGUCCAGUUUGAAGAUGGGCAGAAGAUUGUGGUGCAGGGAGAACCAGGGGAUGAGUUCUUCAUUAUUUUAGAGGGGUCGGCUGCUGUGCUACAACGUCGGUCAGAAAAUGAAGAGUUUGUUGAAGUGGGAAGAUUGGGGCCUUCUGAUUAUUUUGGUGAAAUUGCACUACUGAUGAAUCGUCCUCGUGCUGCCACGGUGGUUGCACGUGGCCCCUUGAAGUGUGUUAAGCUGGACCGACCUAGGUUUGAACGUGUUCUUGGCCCAUGCUCAGACAUCCUCAAACGAAACAUCCAGCAGUACAACAGUUUCGUGUCACUGUCUGUCUGAAAUCUGCCUCUUGUGCCUCCCUUUUCUCCUCUCCCCAGUCCAUGCUUCAGUCAUGCAGACUGCUUUAUUUUCCCUAUUUGCAGCGCCAAGUGGCCACUGGCAUCGCAGCUUUUUGUCUGUUUAUAUUAAAAGUUGCUUUUAUUGCACCGUUUUUAAUUUGGAGUAUAAUCUGAACGCUCAUACGCAGUUAAAUAAAUAGAAAGAGUUCUGUGGAGACUUUGCUGUUACUGCUUCUCUUUGUGCAGUGUUAGUAUUCAACCUGGGCAGUGAGUGCCAUGCUUUUCAGUGAGGGCAGAUCCCAGCACCAAAUGAAUUACCAUGGAGUAAUGAUGUAACAGUGCAAGAUUUUUUUUUUAAGUGAUAUAAUUUUCCAGCUAUAAGCAUAUUGUAGACUGUGGCUGUAUAAGCUGUAUUUCUUUCUAGAAUAAAUGACUUCUCAUUAAGCUGUAAGGAUUAGGAAAAAUGGAUAUAGAAAAAUCUUAGUGUAGUAGGAAGAUAUCUGCCUGUAAAGAAACUAGUUUAAGGGUGGAAAAAUGCCCAUUUUUGCUCAUUUUCAGAUGAAUAUGAUCAGUUUUUAUUUUUCCUUUUUAACCAGUUUUUGUUUGCCUGGUUUUGUUUAGAUUUUGUUAUAUCUUGUUAUUAAUGUUGCCUCUCCAAUUCUGAAAUAUUUUUAGGUGUGGCUGUCUGUACCUACCUGCCUUUUAAGUUUGAAAACAAAUCAGACUACAUAUAUUUGGUUAUGAUUUAACUACAUCUGCCUCAGCUCACAAAUUCUGAUUUCACCUUUAUCCAACUAGUGCCAAAUAUUGAUCAUCAGAUGCUGAAUUGAGAACAAGAAUUUGAGGUCCAUACUCUUGGUUGUUAAGUUAAAGCUUUUGGUUAAUGCAUCUCUUUCAGUUGACUCAAGUAUAGUCUCUCAGGCUCAUUUAAGAUCUGAUUCCAUGAGAUUGAAUUUAUUGAGAAUAGGUAUAGAUGAAACAAAUGUCAUAAUAGAAAAGUAAAGUGAUAUUGCUAAAGGAGAAAUACCAGGUGGAUAAAGUUCAGUGUUGGGAAUUUUCCCUUACUAAAUUCAUUGGGGCAUGAGAUUUGGGAAGAAAUUUUUUGCUUUGGUUUGGUCUUUUUUCCCUCCUUUUUAUUUCAGCUGGAAUUUCUGGUGGGUUGGGGAGUGGGGUAGGAUGUGUCUCUGUUGUUUCAAAUUGGUCUAAAAGGCCAUCCUGCUGAAAGUCCUGCUUUCCUGUCUAGCAUUUAUUUCUCUGGCAAACUUUUUUUUUUUUGUUAAAGUAAACUUGUGUUUUGAGUCUUAACUGUAUUUCAGUAUUUUUCAGCCUUAUGUGUUACAUUAUUCCAACGGUACCCAACAGUUUAUUUUUAUUAUUUUUUAAACAAAAUUUCACAGUUCCAUAAUGUAGGCACUUUUAUUUUUAUUGUCAUUUAUGUAUAAUGUGGGGUUAUAUUUGGGAGUGACUGCAAGCAUUUUUCCAUCUGUGUGCAACUGGCUCUGAUUAUUAAUCCCCUCUCCUACACUUUCCCAGGAAAUUAAAUUGGUAGAUUUUUCUCAUAGCUUUGAAAAGCUUUUAGGUUGUUACUAAAUUUGGAGUAUAAGUCUGGGGAAGAGGCUUUAUUUACAUUUUAGUGUGGAAUAGAAAGCCACCUUGUUACAAAUUUCUUAAUUCCCAAAAUAAUCUAUAUUAAACGAGGGUUUUCUGACCAGUACGUAUCUUUGUGUUUAGCUUACUUUUUUAUAUUUAAAAAAUUAAAAGUAAAAAUUGUCUUAUUUGAUAAAGCUUGAUUUGAUAUUUGUUUAAAUGCCAAAAAAUGUACUUAAAUGAGUUAUUUAGAAUGCCAUAAAAUUGCACAGUUUCAUAUAUGUGUAUAAUCAUGUUCAUGCUUAUUUUGAUACACAUGAUGCUUUCUAAACGAGUUUUCCUCUUAAAUCAUUUGGCUUGCUGUUUACUCCCUUUUGUAGUUUUUAAUCUAAGACAUUUUAAGUCUAAAUUUAAAAAUUAUCACAUUUAAAGCUUUAUCUUUGUGUAAUCUAAGUAUAUGUGAGAAAUCACAGUUGGCAUAAUUUGUCUUAGUUGAUAUUCAGGGCUUUAGAAGUCAUUAUUUCUGGGCUUGGUAAGAUAAUUUAUGAGAUCUACUGCUCUAGAAAGUACAGAUGGCCAAAGGACCAUUUUGUAUUGUUUCCCGGUUACCAGUCUGAUUAUACUGUGUGUGCUAAUAUACUCUUCUUUUUGUUAUAGAUUGUCUUAAUAGUAGGUCAAGUAAUAAAAAGAGAUUAAAUAAUUUAAA